AUGACGCAGGCUGAUAAUACCGUCCCCAGCUGCAGUGUGCUGCCAGAGCGGCAGCGUUGUCCUGCAGACCACGAAGAGCCCCUGUUGCUGCAUGAAGAACAGCUGAUAUUCCCUGAUCAUGUCUCCCAAUUAUCCUCUGCAGACAUUAUUGAGCCAAUUAAGAUGAAUGGCAGCACAGAAUCCAUCAUUGGGAGCACGCUGUGGGGGAGAUCGGUGUCUCUGUCCUCGACGCAAAUAACUGCUCUCUCUGGCGCAUUUGCUGGAUUCUUAUCGGGGGUGGCAGUAUGUCCCCUCGACGUCGCCAAAACACGAUUGCAAGCACAGGGACUACAAAGCAGAUUUGAGAAUCCUUACUACAGGGGGAUAAUGGGGACCCUGAGCACUAUAAUGAGAGACGAGGGCCCGCGAGGCCUAUACAAAGGAUUGGUACCGAUAGUCCUGGGCUAUUUUCCAACUUGGAUGAUAUACUUUUCAGCGUAUGAAUUCAGCAAAAAAUUCUUCCAUGGCAUUUUCCCACAGUUCGAUUUCAUUGCUCAGUCGUGUGCUGCCAUAGCAGCGGGGGCUGCGUCUACCUCUCUGACCAACCCAAUUUGGGUCGUGAAGACAAGACUCAUGUUGCAAUCAGACCUUGGCGAGCAUCCUACGCAUUAUAAGGGCACGUUCGAUGCGUUUAGGAAAAUGUCCUCGCAGGAAGGUUUCAAAGCAUUCUAUGCGGGGCUGGUCCCCUCAUUGCUAGGAUUAUUUCAUGUGGCUAUUCAUUUUCCCAUAUAUGAAGAUUUGAAGAUAAGGUUCCAUUGUUAUUCUCGAGAAAAUAACUCCAACACCAUUAACUUACAGCGGUUGAUCAUAGCGUCAUCUGUCUCUAAGAUGAUUGCCUCAGCGGUGACGUAUCCGCACGAAAUUUUACGAACCAGGAUGCAAUUAAAGUCAGACAUACCGAACUCCAUUCAACGACGGUUGUUCCCACUGAUCAAGACAACCUAUGCGCAAGAGGGACUCAAGGGGUUUUACUCGGGAUUUACCACAAACCUAAUACGAACCAUUCCAGCCUCCGCGAUCACUCUAGUAUCCUUUGAAUAUUUCAGAAACCGCCUGGAAAACGUCAGCUCUGUGGCAAUAUAG